AUGGCAGUGCAGAAAGAGCUCCAGGAGCAAUGGUUUUCACUCAUUCUGCCUUUUCACAGAAAGGAAAAGAGAAUUUGUUGGAAGAAUGUUGAAAAAGACGCUGACAGUGUUGGUGCCUUUACAGAGGAGGAGAGAAAGGUCAAAGCCAACGAUAGGGAGUACAAUGAAAGGUUUCAGUAUGCGAGUAACUGCAUCAUGACAUCCAAGUACAACAUCCUCACAUUUCUGCCUGUCAACCUGUUUGAACAGUUCCAGGAAGUAGCCAACACUUACUUCCUUUUCCUGCUCAUACUGCAGUUGAUACCUCAGAUUUCCUCCCUCUCCUGGUUCACAACCAUUGUGCCUUUGGCUCUGGUGCUGAGCAUCACUGCAGUAAAAGAUGCCACAGAUGACUAUUUUCGCCACAAGAGCGACAGCCAGGUGAACAAUCGUCAGUCUCAGGUCCUCAUCCGAGGCUCACUGCAGAAUGAAAAGUGGAUGAAUGUAAAAGUGGGUGACAUCAUUAAACUGGAGAACAAGCAGUUUGUUGCAGCUGACGUCCUCCUGUUGUCGAGCAGCGAACCUCACGGUCUGUGUUACAUUGAGACUGCUGAGUUAGACGGAGAAACCAACAUGAAGGUGCGUCAGUCUGUAUCGGUGACAGCUGAGCUUGGUGACCCAAACAAUUUGGCAGCAUUUAACGGUGAGGUGGUGUGUGAGCCUCCCAACAACAAGCUGGAUCGUUUUUGUGGAACUCUGUAUUGGCGAGACAAAAAGUACCCCCUGACCAAUCAGAACAUGCUGCUCCGAGGCUGUGUCCUCCGCAACACAGAGGCCUGCUACGGCCUGGUCAUCUUUGCAGGCCCAGAUACCAAACUAAUGCAGAACAGCGGCCGUACCAAGUUUAAACGUACGAGCAUCGAUCGUUUGAUGAACACUCUGGUCCUCUGGAUCUUUGGUUUCCUGUUCUGCAUGGGUGUGAUCUUGGCUGUGGGGAACGCAGUGUGGGAGAAAGAGGUGGGGUCUUUGUUCCAGAGCUACCUGCCCUGGGACCCUCCUGUGGACAACUUCCUGUUCUCAGCCUUCCUCUCAUUUUGGUCCUAUGUCAUCAUUCUGAACACAGUGGUGCCCAUCUCUCUGUAUGUCAGUGUGGAGGUGAUCCGGUUGGGACACAGCUACUUCAUUAACUGGGACCAGCACAUGUUCUGCUCACAGUGUAACACAGCAGCCGAGGCCAGAACCACCACUCUGAAUGAAGAACUGGGCCAGGUUGAAUACAUCUUUAGUGACAAGACAGGAACUCUCACUCAGAACAUCAUGAGCUUCAAUAAGUGCUCCAUCAAUGGACAAACCUACGUACAUAUAGUUUAUUAUAUAUUAUCAUUUCCCCCUCCUCUCUUGUUUUGUCUUCAGAGGCUGGACUUCACCACUUUUAACCCCCUGGCAGACCCAGAUUUCUGUUUUUAUGACGACAAGCUGCUGGAGUCAGUGAAAAUGGGCGACCUGAGCGCUCACGAGUUUUUCCGCCUGCUUUCUCUCUGUCACACUGUGAUGAGUGAGGAGAAGAGCGAAGGAGAGCUGGUUUAUAAAGCCCAGUCUCCAGAUGAGGGAGCUCUGGUGACGGCAGCUCGAAACUUCGGCUUCGUGUUUCGCUCCCGAACGCCCGGGACGAUUACAACCACAGAGAUUGGCCAAACCGUCACCUACUCGCUGCUUGCCAUCCUGGACUUCAACAACAUUCGCAAAAGGAUGUCUGUUAUAGUUCGAAACCCAGAAGGAAGGAUCCGUCUUUACUGUAAAGGAGCCGACACUGUGCUGUUAGAAAGACUCCACCCCUCCAACCUGGAACUGAUGACCAUCACCUCAGACCACCUUAAUGAGUAUGGAGCAGAUGGGUUGCGGACCCUCGCCCUGGCCUUCAGGGACCUUUCUGAGGACGAGUGGGAGGUCUGGUCAGAGAGCCAGCGUCUUGCUGACAAAGCCACGGACUACAGGGAGGACAGACUUGCAGCGGUUUAUGACAAGAUAGAACAAGACAUGAUGCUUCUUGGUGCCACAGCUAUAGAGGACAAGCUGCAGGAAGGUGUCCCAGAAACCAUCGCUCUCCUCACUCUGGCCAACAUUAAGAUCUGGGUUCUCACUGGAGACAACACAGAAACAGCCGUCAACAUAGGUUACUCGUGUAAGAUGUUGACAGACGAUAUGUCCGAAGUGUUCAUCAUCAGCGGACACACCGUUCAGAGCGUUCGACAAGAACUCAGGAAGGCGAGGGAAAGGAUGAUUGAGCUGUCCCGUUCCAGAGAUGGAGGAAAAAGUGAAGGGAUGGAGGGAUGGGUAGAGGCAUGCUUCACGGAGAACGGGUUCAGAGAAGGGCAAGAAGGAGACGAUACGGCAAAAGGAGGAGGAGGAGGAGGAGGAGAAGGGAAACAGGUUCAUGGUUCUUCUUUUCCUUCACCUCCCUCAAGCUUCAUGGACAGCAUCUCUGGAGAGUUUGGCCUCGUGAUCAGCGGUCACAGUUUGGCUCAUGCACUUGAAGCGGACAUGGAGGCAGAGUUUGUGUCAACAGCUUGUGCGUGCAAAGCGGUUAUCUGCUGCAGAGUCACGCCGCUGCAGAAAGCUCAGGUGGUGGAGCUCAUCAAAAAACACAAGAAGGCCGUCACUCUGGCUGUAGGAGACGGCGCUAACGACAUUAGCAUGAUCAAAAGUGCUCAUAUUGGAGUCGGUAUCUCCGGUCAGGAGGGGAUCCAGGCUGUGCUGGCCAGCGAUUACUCCUUCGCCCAAUUCCGCUUCCUCCAGCGCCUCCUGCUGGUCCACGGUCGCUGGUCCUACUUGCGCAUGUGCCGGUUCCUUUGCUACUUCUUCUACAAGAACUUUGCCUUCACUAUGGUGCACUUCUGGUUUGGCUUCUUCUGUGGCUUUUCUGCUCAGACGGUGUAUGAUCAGUACUUCAUCACACUCUACAACAUUGUGUUCACCUCCCUCCCUGUGCUGGCCAUGGGGAUAUUUGACCAGGAUGUUGCAGAUCAGAGAAGUCUGGAAUGUCCUAAGUUGUACGAGCCCGGUCAGCUCAAUCUCCUCUUCAACAAGAAAGAGUUUUUCAUCUGCAUCACUCAGGGCAUCUACACGUCCGUGGUGCUUUUUUUUGUCCCCUACGCCGUCCUGUCCAAUGCCACUCAGAGCAGCGGUGUGCCGCUCGCUGACUACCAGACAUUUGCCGUCACCACGGCGACCGCCCUGGUCAUUGUAGUCAGUGUACAGAUCGCUCUCGACACAGGCUUCUGGACAGUUAUUAACCACGUGUUUGUGUGGGGCUCUCUGGGUUCUUAUUUCACCAUCAUGUUUGCGUUGCACAGCCAGACCCUCUUCAGGAUCUUUCCCAACCAGUUCCACUUUGUAGGUUGUGCCCAGAACACACUAUUGCAGCCAGUCGUGUGGUUAACUAUUGCACUAGCGACAGCAAUCUGCAUAGUUCCAGUUAUGGCAUGUCGCUUCCUCAAGCUGGACCUAAAGCCUCAGCUCUCAGACAUGGUGCGUCACACUCAGUUGGUGCGGCAGAGGAGGAGGAAGCCGCCAGGUUGUGGUAUCGGAGGGGCUUGGCGUGGCGCCGGCAGUGUCCCUGAGAGCCGCUUCGGCGCCCGCGGUGGCUCCCGGAGGUCAGGCUAUGCCUUCGCCCACCAAGAAGGCUUUGGAGAGCUGAUCACGUCAGGAAAAAACAUGAGACUCUCCUCUCUGGGCCUGGCCAGCUUUGCCUCCAGGCACAGCUCGAGCUGGAUCGAAACCCUCCGUAGGAAGAAAAAUACUCACACUCCUCCCAGCACCUCCGAGAACUGCAGCCCGGCGCCCAGACAUGCUUCCAGGAUGGUUCCACCACUUUCAAACUCUUCAUCUGUUCUGGGCGGCUCACAGGAAGCGCAGAUCGAGGAGGAGACGGUCACAGAAGCAGGUCAGAACAUUCGAGCUGUCCCCGCUGUGCUCACACAGCCAGCAGCUUCUGGGUCAGCUCAGGCCUCUCCUGCUGAGAACAUCCCCUCUGCCGCUGUGAGGUCAGACUCACCAGGAGGCUGGAUGCUCUCCUUUGGAACUGUGCAGGAAGCUCUGUUUGGCUGGAAGGCUGCUGCAGCUCGUCCAACUGCGUCCAGCAAACAGGGCUCUCCACGUGCUGCCAUGGAAACCAGCCAGACUGAGUAA